AUUUUAUAUUGCUUGUUUAUGUGAGAAUGUUUUAACUAGAUGGCAACUGAUUUCUGGGACAAAAUCGCUUCUACAAUAGCAUUUUAUGGAACUCGUACUCGUCGAUAGCAUUUCUUGGAUUUGGGUGUUUGUAAAUGGCAUUUCUUGGAUUUUCUCUUCAUUAAAAUAGCCUAUUCAGAUGAAGUAGAAUUCAGGUGAAGUAGAAACCAACUACUUUGGGUUCACAAUUUAUAUUUCUUUUGAGGAUACCCCAUUUCAUUUUAGUUGUCAUCAAAGACUAGACAAUAUCGACAGAAAAUGGUAAGCCUGGUUUCAGUUGGUGACAAUUUAACAGAAUUCAGAUGGAUAUGGUUCUGAUAUUAGAAGGUGGCAUACCUUUAGUCGCUGCAAACGCUUCAGUUAUCUGAACAAAACAACGAACUUGGCUGAGCAGGGGAAAAAAAUACUGUAGCAUUCAUUUUGUGUUUACAUGAGUAACGAUUCUUUUCUAGGUGGACAGAUCACAAAAAGAAAACUAAAGCUAAGAUCCAACUCCUAAGGGUGUUAGGUUAGGGACACCAUAUGAAUGAGACAAUCUUAAUUCUUGGUCACACAAAGAUUGUCUCAAGGUUGGUAGCAUCAGUGCCCAAUAUAUCACCUAACUAUGCCAUCCAAAAUGCUACAUAGCAUCUCUUGUAGACUGAACCCUUCAUGAAGAGCCCCAUGGAGGAAGCUCAUGCAAUGCCAGUGACAUCAUUCUUCCCAGUAGCAGGAAUCCACAAGCUCAUAGCUAUCUUCCUUGUUGUCCUCUCAUGGAUCUUGGUCCACAAGUGGAGCCUGAGGAACCAGAAAGGGCCAAGAUCAUGGCCAAUCAUCGGCGCGACAGUGGAGCAACUGAAGAACUACCACAGGAUGCAUGACUGGCUUGUCGAGUACUUGUCGAAGGACAGGACGGUGACCGUCGACAUGCCUUUCACCUCCUACACCUACAUUGCCGACCCGGUGAACGUCGAGCAUGUCCUGAAGACCAACUUCACCAAUUACCCCAAGGGUGAAGUGUACAGGUCUUACAUGGAUGUGCUGCUCGGUGAUGGCAUAUUCAAUGCCGACGGCGAGAUGUGGAGGAAGCAAAGGAAGACGGCGAGCUUCGAGUUUGCCUCCAAGAACUUGAGAGACUUCAGCACUGUGGUGUUCAGGGAGUACUCCCUGAAGCUAUCAAGCAUUCUGAGCCAAGCAUGCAAGGCCGGCAGAGUUGUAGACAUGCAGGAAUUGUUCAUGAGGAUGACACUGGACUCGAUCUGCAAGGUCGGGUUUGGGGUUGAGAUCGGGACGCUGUCACCUGAUCUCCCGGAGAACAGCUUUGCCCAGGCAUUCGACGCUGCCAACAUCAUCGUCACGCUGCGGUUCAUCGAUCCUCUGUGGCGUCUGAAGAAGUUCUUGCACGUCGGAUCAGAGGCUCUCCUCGAGCAGAGCAUGAAGCUGGUUGAUGACUUCACCUACAGCGUGAUCCGCCGCCGCAAGGCUGAGAUCUUGCAGGCUCGAGCCAGCGGCAAGCAAGAGAAGAUCAAGCACGACAUACUGUCGCGGUUCAUCGAGCUCGGGGAGGCCGGCGGCGACGAGGGGGGCGGCAGCUUCGGGGACGACAAGAGCCUCCGCGACGUGGUGCUCAACUUCGUGAUCGCCGGGCGUGACACGACGGCGACGACGCUGUCGUGGUUCACGUACAUGGCGAUGACGCACCCGGCCGUCGCCGACAAGCUCCGGCGCGAGCUGGCCGCGUUCGAGGAUGAGCGCGCGCGCGAGGAGGGCGUCGCGCUCGCCGACGCCGCCGGCGAGGCGUCGUUCGCGGCGCGCGUGGCGCAGUUCGCGUCGCUGCUGAGCUACGACGCGGUGGGGAAGCUGGUGUACCUGCACGCGUGCGUGACGGAGACGCUCCGCCUCUACCCGGCGGUGCCGCAGGACCCCAAGGGGAUCGUGGAGGACGACGUGCUCCCCGACGGCACCAAGGUGCGCGCCGGCGGGAUGGUGACGUACGUGCCCUACUCCAUGGGGAGGAUGGAGUACAACUGGGGCCCCGACGCGGCGAGCUUCCGGCCGGAGCGGUGGCUCAGCGGCGACGGCGGCGCGUUCCGGAACGCGUCGCCGUUCAAGUUCACCGCGUUCCAGGCCGGGCCGCGGAUCUGCCUCGGCAAGGACUCCGCCUACCUCCAGAUGAAGAUGGCGCUCGCCAUCCUCUUCCGCUUCUACACCUUCGACCUCGUCGAGGACCACCCCGUCAAGUACCGGAUGAUGACCAUCCUCUCCAUGGCUCACGGCCUCAAGGUCCGCGUCUCCACCUCCGUCUGACCCCCGCCGCCGCUCGCCGGCAGCCGCGCCGCCGCCGCCCGUAUCGCUUACCGGAGUAGUAAAUAAGCCUAUGUAAUCUGGUUUGAAUUUGAAAUUUGAAUGUACCAUGUUUGAUUCUAGGAUUUGUUGGUCCUAGACCCUGCUUGAAACGGUGCGAAUUUCAUCUAAAUGGUUGAGAAAUUUUAUC